AUGGUCUAUUUCCCCAUCGUAUCUGCCGCAUUGCUCGUCGCCUCAGCUCGCGUCGACGUCCUGGAUGUAUCUUGUGAAGCCGUCUGUGAAGGGAUACCCGAGUGUUCUAGUAGAGGCACAUACUGCAAAGACUGGCAUGUUCCUAAGGCCUGUUUCGGUUUGUAUUGGUCGGGAGGUGGGAAAAUGUGCUAUCAGCCCGCGGACCCUUCCUGCCCUGCCGAAUAUCCUGUCCUUUGCGAUGAAGUAGCGCCGCAUGCUCCUAAGCAAGAUGAUCAUACUGUCACUACCCUGCCUCCAUCUGAUACCAUCACUUCUACCACAACGAUGACCAUGGAGACCAUGAUGUGGAUCGAGUCUACUACUGCUACUACAAGUUUACGAUACGUUGCUAGCACUUCGCCUCCGACCGAGCCGACUACCAUGAGGACCACUACCGCUGAUGUCUUCAAUGGUGCUAUGGAUCAAGCUGCUGUCGCUGCCAUUAUGGUAGCUGAGGAGACACCUUACCCGUCGGGACCACGUGGUUGGUAUUGCGGUCUUCUGGGCGGGGUCAUUUCUCUGUCUAUGUAUUUCGAGGAGGAUACUUUCGACAUUGCGGGAGUUUCCGACGAAGACAUCGAAGGGAUACCGUACGUUCUUUUUGUGAGAAGCUAUUCUCUGAGUGCAAGUGGGUGUAUUAUCCCGGAUUACCGCUCUCCCCCAUUCUCCAAGGUCCUCAGCGUGAAGGGUGGAGGAAAUCCCUUUUAUGUUGUAUAUGACUCAUCAAAGGGUGAGAUCCGAGGCCUUGUACAAGGCGCCAAGAUUAUCGCUACUCCAUGCUGA